GUCUGCACAAUUCGACAUUUAUUAGUACACAUGAGGCGAGAAUAUAAAUAGCAAGUAAAGAGAUGUAUACUCCAUAAGAAGAACAGAGAUAAAAUACAAGAGAGGGCUGCAAUUUUAUUGUUAGAGUGCGUGCAAGUCGGUAUGCUCAAUUAUAAUUAAGUAAUAACGUCAAAAAACAACACGCGGCCUCAGUCGAUCAGUAACGUUGAAGCCUUGAACACGCUUGUACUAAUUCGAAACUCCCGCCGUGCAGAGCGCCAAUCGUUGAGCACCGUGAUCAUAGGUGCAUACCCGCCAAUCGUUCGUGAUGCUGCACACGAGGACCCUCGCCGUCGCUGCAGCAUCGCCUAUCCUCGUUGAAAAUGUCUUACCGUCUUGGUUGCUUCGCGCGUCUAGCAGCCAUGUUGUGUCCACGCGUUCCAUUGGUGACCGUGCACUUAAUCGUGGUCAAAUAUCACGUGAGAUCAUGCUCGAAAAUUACCAAAAGAUACGUGAAAAGUACAAGUCUAAGAAACUUCCCCAAGACGUGAAUCCGAAAGGAGUGUUUUCUUGCAAUGAGCUUGACCUGAAAGAAGUCCAAGUAUAUGGAUUUGAUUAUGAUUACACUUUGGCUUGUUACAAACCAUCCAUGGAUUACUUACUGUAUAAUCUUGGACGUGAUAUGCUUAUUCAAAAAUACAAGUACCCCGAGGGAAUCAGCAACCUCGAGUACAAGAAGGAUUUCGCUGUUCGUGGCCUCCAUUAUGACAUCGAAAAGGGUCUGCUACUAAAACUCGACAGCUUCUUGCAAAUUCAAUUUGGCACCGUUUAUCGCGGUUUACAUCCAGUACCCGACGACGAGGUCCUUAGACUCUAUAAAAACCGGAUAAUACCAAUCGCUUAUGUAGAAGCGCCACAUAAACAUUCUCAUAAAGAAGCAUUGCACCGGACAAAAAUGGUUCAAUUGGCUGACUUAUUUUCGGUACCAGAAAUGGGCCUUCUAUGUAACGUUACGGAAUAUUUCCUUAGAAAUCAUAUCGAUUAUCAUCCUGAAAUACUUUUUAGAGAUGUAAAGAAUUCUGUACAAAGUUGUCAUCCCAUAAUGCAUGGAAUGGUAGUGAAAAAUGUUUCCGAAUAUUUGGAACAAAAUAGAGAUUUGAAAAGAUUCUUUGAUCGACUUAAAAGAGCUAACAAAAAAAUGUUUCUAGUAACUAAUAGUCCCUUCCAUUUUGUCGAUAUUGGAAUGAAAUUCUUGGUUGGUGAUGAUUGGAAAGAUUAUUUCGAUGUGGUAAUAGUACAAGCAAGAAAGCCAAAAUUCUUCACAGAAGAAUCUCGACCUCUUAGAAUAUACGAUGAAAUUAAUAAAACACAGCUGUGGGAUCGAGUUACUAAGCUUGAAAAAGGAGUUAUUUAUCUUGAAGGCACAGUUAAACAAUUACAAGAUAUGACGGGAUGGCAAGGACAUCAAGUAUUAUAUUUUGGAGAUCAUCCUUAUAGCGAUCUAGCGGAUGUAACUUUGGAACAUGGUUGGCGAACUGGAGCCAUAAUUAAAGAAUUAACGCAUGAAAUUGCAACGUUAAAUAAUCCAAAAUUUAAAGAAAAUGCAAAUUGGUUACAAAUGCUAACAGGAUUAAUUGAAGAACAUCAAGAUUAUGAAGGGCCAGAUGUACAAACGAUACUCAACGAAUGGAUCGAGGAAAGAGAUGAAUUAAGAAACGAGAUAAAACGAGUAUUUAAUAAGCAAUUUGGAUCUGUGUUCAGAACAUAUCAUAAUCCUACAUAUUUUUCAAGAAGACUUUUCAGAUUUGCCGAUAUUUAUAUGAGUUCAAUUACGAAUCUGUUAGAAUAUUCAACAAGUCACACUUUUUAUCCAAGAAGAGGUGUAAUGCCACAUGAAUAUACAAGUUAUUUCGUAUAAUAUAUAGUUCUAAUAUUUAGAUUUUUAAUUAGAAGCAUUCGAUGCUUUAAAAUGUGAUAGAAAUGAAU